AUCGAGCUGAAUAUGGUGUUUGCGCCACCUCCUGCGGCGCUAAGCCGACGUGUGGUCGUUACGGGCCUAGGUGCUGUGACGCCUUUGGGUGUCGGCCUUGAAGCAACAUGGAACCGUUUGAUCCAUGGGGACUGUGGGGUCUCUGCGAUCACAUCCUUCGACACGCAUGGGUUGGAGUGCAAAGUGGGCGGCCAAGUUCCUGACUCGUUCAACGCCCUCGACCACAUCAACCCGCGUGAAGCUCGAAGCCAAGACGUGCGGUUCAUCUCGUUUGCCAUUGCUGCGGCCAACGAAGCCAUCCGGGAUGCCAAUUGGACGCCCACGACGGAGUCACAGAAGGAGCGCGCGGGGGUUGCCAUUGGUGCGGGCAUCGGGAACCUGCAAGAGAUCGUCGACACUGGCUCGCUCAUCCAGCAGCAAAAGUUCCGACGCGUGUCGCCCUUCUUCGUGCCUCGCAUCCUGAUCAACUUGGCGGCAGGACAUGUGAGCAUGAUGCAUGGUCUCAAGGGCCCCAAUCAUGCAUGCACGACGGCAUGUGCUACCGGCAGCCACAGCAUUGGCGAUGCCUACCGGUUCAUUCGAAACGGAGAUGCCGACGUGAUGGUGGCCGGCGGGUCCGAAGCCAGCUUGAACUCGUUAUCCUUUUGUGGGUUUCUUCGAGCCAAAGCGUUGGCGACCAAGUUUAACGAGUCGCCGGCUGAAGCAUCGCGGCCGUUCGACCAACAUCGCGACGGGUUUGUCAUGGGCGAAGGCGCGGGUGUGGUCGUGCUCGAGGAUUACGACCACGCCAAAGCACGAGGGGCGAAGAUCUAUGGCGAAGUCCGCGGCUAUGGCCUCAGCGGCGACGCGCACCACUUGACCGCGCCCCACGAAUCUGGAGACGGCGCAUUUCGCGCCAUGCAAGCCGCGCUUGGCCAAUCCGGCCUUGACAUUACCGAGAUUGACUACAUCAACGCCCACGCUACAUCCACACCCCUCGGCGACGCUGCGGAAAACCGAGCGAUCAAGCGCUUGUUUGGGGACCACGCGUCCAACUUGCGCGUGUCCUCCACCAAGGGCGCGGUGGGGCAUUUGCUGGGGGCGGCGGGGGCCGUGGAAGCCAUCUUUGCACUUAAAGCACUUCACGAGAACAUUGCGCCGCCGACACUCAACCUGACGAGCCAAACCGCCGAGUUCGACUUGAAUUACGUGGCGAACGUCGCGCAGACGGCGCCCAUCCGAGCGGUGCUGUCCAAUUCAUUUGGAUUUGGCGGAACCAAUUCAAGUUUGUGCUUUGCUACCCUCGAUUAACGUCAUAACAUAUACUAUGAUGUGAGCCAA